AUGGAGGAUAUAGGAUUGGUUAAGCAAGGUUUGACGUGGUUGCAGUCUCAGAAACAUCUCUGCUCGUGGGUUUGUGCUGCAAUGCAAUGUUAUGGGGGAAAGACAGAAGCUUUCGUGGAGCGUCACUGGCCACUAGUGUGCAGUGGUUGUGAGAAGCUUUUAGGGUUUCUUAGUUUGUCUUUUGUUUACUGGAAAGACUGCAUUUUGAGGGGUUUCCAGUCCAGUGCCAAGUUUGGCUCAGCUGCUUUGCUCUUGAUCAUGUGGAGUUGCUUUCUUAGCCUGACUUCAGUUUCUUGCUUGGUCUAUGUUCUCCUCGGUUUGGGAGCUGCUGGUGCUGUUGUCGUGUACUUAGGUUGCACUCCGGGGAUCUUCAUUGUAGGACUAUUUGGGAUUUUAAUAAUGUGGAUGUACGCUAACUUUUGGAUCACCGGAACAUUAUUUAUAGUUGCAGGUUAUUUGUUCUCCUUGAAUCACGCACGAGUGGUGGUUCUUAUGGCGACUGUUUAUGCAAUUUACUCUGUCAAUGUCAGACUUGGAUGGCCUGGAGUUAUCCUCUCAAUGAAUCUUGCAUUCUUGUCCAACGAUGUAUUUAUUCGUCUUCUUCAGUGGUGUGAUACUGUUAGUGAAAAAACACAACCGGAGGAGCCAAAGAAACCUGAAACUGUACUAGAGGAAGAGUUUCCUGGAGAGUUUGAGUACCCUUCUGCUCCUCCUGUUGAAGAGCCAGAGAAAAAGGUUCACGAGAAUAAGUCAGCCAAUAAGCCAGCAUCUCCGGCAACUGUCGUUAGUAACUUGAAGGAGGUUUCUAGUGUUAAAGUAGUAAAUGUAGAAACAGAUUCAGCUGAUGAGAUGAAAAGAAUACUGGAUAGUUUGAAUCACUAUGAAGCUUUGGGGUUCCCUCGGCAUAACAAGAUUGAUGCUGCGGUGCUUAAGAAAGAGUACAGAAAGAAGGCAAUGCUGGUUCAUCCGGAUAAGAAUAGGGGAAGUCCUUUGGCAAGUGAAUCAUUCAAGAAACUUCAAUGUGCUUAUGAGGUUCUCUCUGAUGCUGUUAAGAGGAGAGAUUAUGAUGAUCAGUUAAGGAAAGAAGAAUCUAGGACCAGAGUUGUCUGUCAGACAUCACAUGCUUCUUCGCAUCAGAAUGGUCCAGAUUAUCGAUCAGAAGAGUCAAGGCGCAUACAUUGUACUAAGUGCGGUAAUUCACACAUUUGGGUAUGUACCAACAGGAGUAAGGCAAAGGCUAGAUGGUGUCAGGAUUGUGGUCAAUAUCAUCAAGCUAAAGAUGGUGACGGAUGGGUUGAACACAAAGGGACUUUAGUAUUCGAGAGAGCACAUAAGAUUGAAAUACCACGAGCUUUUGUUUGUGCCGAGAGCAAGAUCUUUGAUGUCUCAGAAUGGGCUAUAUGCCAGGGAAUGGCAUGUAGACCAAACACACAUAGACCAAGUUUCCAUGUGAACAUGGUUGGUUUGGAAAAGACAACGCAGAGAUCAAACUCGAGCAGGUUCCCGUGGGAUCUUGAUGUGGAGAUGAUGGACGAGGAUGAAGAAGAGUUUGAGUUAUGGCUUCAACAAGCUAUGGCUUCUGGUCUCUUCUGUGAGACAUCAAAACAACGCAGAAAAAGCUGGAGUCCUUUCAAGUUAACCAAGAAACAGUCGCGAAGAACAUCAACUUGA